ACGACGUCUGCGAAGAUGGCUGCUGCGUCUUCACCUGAUUCCGACAGCGGCCUAGCUGAGAGCAAUGAGGCCAAUUCGAAAUGGCUGGACGCGCACUACGACCCCAUGGCCAACAUCCAUACCUUUUCCGCCUGCCUGGCCCUGGCAGAUUUGCACGGGGACGGAGAGUACAAGCUGGUGGUGGGAGAUCUUGGCCCUGCUGGGAAGCAUCCCCGUCUGAAGGUGCUCAAAGGACCAACAGUGCUGGCAGAAAACCCAUUGCCUGCUCUGCCAGCUGCUGCUGCUGCCUUCCUCAUGGAGGAACAACACGAGACCCGGACUCCAGCUCUGGCACUUGCUUCAGGCCCAUGUGUCUACAUAUAUAAGAAUCUUAGGCCCUACUUCAAGUUCAGUCUUCCCCCUUUAUCUUUAAACCCUCUGGAACAAGACCUUUGGAACCAAGCUAAGGAGGACCGGAUAGACCCCUUGACCCUAAAAGAGAUGCUGGAGGGCAUCCGGGAGAAGGCAGAGGUGCCUUUGUCUGUACAGUCACUCAGGUUUCUGCAUCUAGAGCUGAGUGAAAUGGAGGCAUUUGUGAACCAACACAAGUCCAAGACCAUCAAGCGGCAGACAGUCAUCACCACCAUGAUCACCUUGAAGAAAAACCUGGCUGAUGAGGAUGCCGUGUCAUGCCUGGUGCUGGGCACUGAGAACAAAGAGAUCCUAGUACUGGACCCUGAAGCCUUCACCAUUUUGGCCAAGAUGAACCUUCCCAGCGUCCCAGUCUUCCUGGAGGUUUCUGGCCAGUUUGACGUAGAGUUCCGGCUUGCAGCUGCCUGUCGAAAUGGGAACAUCUAUAUCCUGAGAAGAGACUCCAAGCGCCCCAAGUACUGCAUUGAGCUGAGUUCCCAGCCUGUGGGGCUUGUCCGGGUACACAAGAUCCUGGUGGUGGGCAGCACCCAAGAUAGUCUGCACGGCUUUACUCACAAGGGUAAGAAAUUGUGGACUGUGCAGAUGCCUGCCGCCAUCCUGACCAUGAACCUCCUAGAGCAGCGUUCCCGGGGUCUGCAGGCUGUCAUGGCAGGGCUGGCCAAUGGAGAGGUCCGUAUUUACCGUGACAAGGCUCUGCUCAACAUCAUCCGCACCCCGGAUGCAGUGACCAGCCUUUGUUUUGGCCGCUAUGGGCGGGAGGACAACACCCUUGUCAUGACUACUCGAGGUGGUGGCCUGAUAAUUAAGAUCCUGAAGCGCACAGCAGUGUUUGUGGAGAGCACAGGCGAGGUGGGUCCCCCACCAGCCCAAGCCACAAAACUUAAUGUGCCCCGAAAGACUCGGCUCUACGUGGAUCAGACACUGAGAGAACGGGAGGCUGGCACUGCCAUGCACCGGAGCUUCCAGACAGACCUCUACCUGCUGCGCCUCCGGGCAGCCCGCGCCUACGUGCAGGCCCUUGAGUCCAGCCUGAGCCCCGUGUCGGCCACAGCCUGGGAACCGCUCAAGCUGCAUGCUGUGGUCCAGGGCCUGGGGCCCACCUUCAAGCUCACGCUUCAUCUGCAGAACACCUCAACAGUCCGCCCUGUGACAGGGCUGCUGAUCUGCUUCCUGUACAACGAGGCACUCUAUGCCCUGCCUCGGGACUUCUUCAAGGUCCCCUUGCUGGUGCCAGGGCUCAGCUACCCUCUGGAGACCUUUGUGGAGAGUCUCAGUAACAAGGGCAUCUCAGACAUCAUCAAGGUACUGGUGCUCCGGGAAGGCCAGAGUGCACCCCUGCUGAGUGCCUACAUCAACAUGCCUGUGAGUGAGGGGCUGGAAGCCGCCUGAGCCCUGGGCCAGUGUUCAGGCCCCUGCCGAAUGGAGUCAGCAAGAUCCAUCAGCCACUUUCACUGAGCUGGGUGGGUUGGGCCACUCCCCAUGCAGCAGUGUGCUGGGGCGCCAGCUUCCCACUCCUCUCCUGAGCAUCCCCUGCUCACCACUCCUGCCAUGGGGCUAUAGCAGCAGCUAGUGAGUAUAAGAAGGCCUGGCUCCUUUCUCAGAACAUGCCCUGGUAUUGUUCCAGAGGCAGCUUCUGCUGCCCACUGCCUCCCAGUACUUCCCAGAAACCUCACCCAGUCCCAAGGAAGAGUUCUGAGCUGUCGAGAUGAAAAGAGGACACUGACUCUUUUUCUUUUCCACUUCCCUCUGGCACCCCACUCACCUCCUGCUGCAGGCCAAGGCCAGAAUUGGAUGAGAGCCUGGCCUGAUAAGUCAGAGGCUUUUCUUGGGUGAGACUGAGCCCCCUGUCAGCCUGGGGUUCCACUUUCUGUUCAGCAACCCACCGAAGGAAUGCCAUCUCCCCAUAGGGCACCUUUACAAAGGCUUGGACCCUGCCACCACCUCAGGGCUCCAAGGCCCCACCAGCAGGUUGCCAGAGGAAGAAGUGGCGCAGGAGGGCAGAGGGUGCCCAUGUGCACUCCCAGAGACCACACAGCAUCUGCUCCUGACCUGGAUGCUCAUGCUCAAAAAGAGCAUCUGUGGAAAGAAAAGUGGAAUUAGGUAGAGCAGAGGCAGGCAGCACCAGAAGAGGCAUUUCUGGGAUUAGGGGAAGGGCUGGGGAGACAGAAGCCCUAAAGUGCCCAUCAGACUGCCCUUCUGUGCCUGGGAGUCCAAAUCAGCCCUGAGGGUGGAAAGUUCACUGGGCAGCAGCCAGAGCAAGAGAAUUGGCUGGCACAGAGGUGAGGCUGGAGUUUAAGCAAAGGCUCAGUUUAGACCUAAAUGCUCAAAACCCUCAAGCCCCUCAUGCCUGCUGAGUCCCUGGGAAGUCUUGCCAGUGCUCCUCACAGGCCACAGGAGUCACCUGGGAGCCAGCAGCCUUGCUCUUGGAAACCUACAUCUUUCCCCAUCUGACCAGGUGUGGCCUGAUGUGUGGCACACGGCUCAGGCUUGCAGGAAGUAACGAGAUUCCUCUGUGUUUCCGGUCUCCCCUCAUGUAAAAUGAGGCAGUUUCUGAACUGUUUUUAGCUCUGACACCCCAUGGGCUUUGCACCCCCUCUGGCAGAAAGGAGGAGUUGGCCCAGAAAAGUGAUACUGGACAGGAACAACUGCACAGCUUUUGCCCUCAAGACCAAGGUCUCUACCAGGCAUGGUGGCCCACACCUGUAAUCCCAGCAACUUGGGAGGCUGAGGCAGGAAGAUCACAAGUUCAA